UGGCAAAUUCACGUGCCUAAGAGAUGCUCGAUGGUUUAUGAAUAAUCAUAAUUUACAGGUCGAGUGUCCAAAUGGGGUAAACUGUAAUUUUCUGAAAAAUGGGUGCCGGGCCUGUAGGCUACAAAAGUGUUUGGACAUCGGAAUGACACCCCCAAACCAACAGAAUGGCAGUCAACAGUCAACUACUUUAGCACCGAGUGAUGACUUAGAAAAUAGCCAAGCUCAAACACACCCACAGCCCCCUAUCGCAAGCAGUGGUGACACGGCUUUCAGUCAGUCAAACAUAGUGUAUAUUUUUGUGCCAACCAUCCAAGUGCCCAAUCCAGAUGCCGGUCCCUUCACUUCAUACCCUUCCCAUCUAAACACAGUCUCAUACAUACCACACAUUGGGGUGACAGCCAUUGAACCCGAGGGUGACCACAGAAUAGAUGACAUAAAUCCUAAUCAAAACUUCAUUCAACAACCACUGCAACCAAUAGAUCCUAAUUCAAUGGCUGUAGUGGCAGAAAACCCGAUACAAGGACCUGAUGUGCCCUCUGACCCCUCCACUACUAUUGAUGAGCCUCCUUAUGAAGAAAUGAUUGUCUCAGAACUGCCUAUAGAAAACAUUUGUCAACCAAACAUGAUUUUACCUCCAGUCAAACAAUUACAGUAUCCAUUUGCAGGCCCUUCCUCUGCACACCCAUCCUAUCCAAACUUAACCACAGACGUUGUACCCAUUGAGUUGACAUCCAGUGAACCAAAAGAGUGCCAGCAAAUCAAUACGAAUGCCAUUCAAAACACCUCAACCACCAAUGAAACCAACAUAUCACAGUCCAAUGGUUUAUAUCAGACUGUUGUGGCAAACAAUCAGAUACAAGAGCUGGCUUCCGAACCCCCAACCAUUAAUACAGAUUUCAAUUCAAAUUCUCUCAGCAAUGAUUCACAACUUAUUUCACCGGAGUCACUCCAAUAUACCGAAGGUGAAAACCUGAUUGACGCUGAUUUAUUAGCACCUAUUGAGGCUAACAAUACUGAUCAUAGGGUGAGGAUAGGUGCAAAUAAUGGUUACAAUUUUGGCGUCAAUUCAACGGAUAAUCGCAACAACUGUAUGGACACGACUUCCAGUCAACCAAACCUAACACAUACAUCGGGAGCACAGACUGUAUGGCCAUAUACUGAACCCCUGACGCCAAGUUACGGGACAUCCACUUCAGUCCAUUCGUUUAAAAGUACUUCCAGUCAUUUGGUUACCAAUAGUAUUAAUACGGAUAAUAAUAUACUACACCCUGUUUUGCAAGACUUAUUUGAUCUCGAAUUGCCAACUAAUGAAGGAACAGUAGGUCAGGGACCGGAGUAUACGUAUGCAAACGGAGCAUAUUCUCCACAACAACUGCAAUCUUUAGCUAAUACUUCAACGGCAGUCGAAUCCUAUGAGACAGGACUCGCAUCCCAACCCAAUGUCUACAAUAAUAUAGUAGUGAAUCAAACGGACGACUCGCACAAUAAUAUUGUCUAUGAUAUGAUUCAUACGUUAGUUAAUAAAAUUAACCUUGGUUUGAUUACCGCUACUAACGAAGAUCCAUUAUUAGCCAAAAUGAAAAAAAUUCAAAUAUAUGAGAAUAAAGGCCAAAAACUGAUCAAGGAGAUUGCGGACGAGUUAAUGCAAAAGGGUCCAGGUCGGUUCAAGCAGUUGUUUGAUACGGCUGGACUGAGACUCCGGGAGGCCGAGGAUGUGCUCAAAAUGUUCAUAACGAAGGAGCCCUGGGAGUGCACCACUGAUGUCGAGUUAAAAGUGAUAAAAGCAUCUAAACUGCGAUCAGGAGACUCACAAUGUUUCCAAAUGAAUUCCCAUCCGAGGGGUCGGGCCAUCAUAUUUGUGACCACAGAUGGCCUGAACGUCGAGAUAUUGCGGUGGUACUCCAUUUUCGCACAGUUAGACUUCAAGUGCGAGAUAUAUGUGGACUUCACGUGCUCUCAGAUCAAGGAUAACCUGUUGGGAGUGUCGUGUCAGCGGUUCGUCGCCGACGCCCUGUUUGUGAUGGUUAUCGGCCGGGGAUUUGAUCAGAAGAUCUACGGUUGCGGCAAUCGCGGAGUCGAUAAUGAGAUGUCGUUCACAGAUAUUGUGGACAUAUUCUCCGCUAAUAAUCCUAAGAACGCUGAAACGACUGGCAGAUGAGCAUGGUGAAAAUAAUCAUCCACAAAUAAUCGUAAACUCGUUAGACAUGACACGAGAUAUAUAUUUCAAUCCUGGUCUUUAAAAUACAACAAAAUUCGCUACAUAUAAGUG